ACCUACUGAGGCUUUUGUUUCAAUUCAGCUGGAGAAACAGGGUCCAAGGGACUUGAUGUUGAAUACAUUCAUUCAGAAGAAAGAAAUCUUGGGAAGUAGAAUACAAAAUCCAGAUGAAGCUGAAAAAGUCAAAAGAGAAGUUAUUGCUGAAUAUUGCCACAGGUUGACUCACCGUAUGUCUCAGUACUCUCUUCGGAGUCAGAUCGUUGCCUAUUAUAACAGUAUAAAAUCAAUGCUGGAUGGCUUUCCCAGGGUGAAAAACAAAUACUUUACCAUAGGAUUGCCACAAGAGAAAAAAGAUGAAAAAGAAUCCAAAGAAAAAGUUAACAGUGAUCCCAGGUCAUUCCAGCCACGACCUCGUUGCUUGCUGUCCAGUGAUGGACAAUCCUUCUUGAACCUGUGGUUCAUCCCUCACCCUUCAGAAACCCUAGCUACAUUCAAAAUGCUACCAGAGAAGGUUGGCAGUACCGCCCUGCGGCAUACAUUGCAAAUCGUGGCAUCCUUUCACGACAUUAUUGCAUACAUUUUCAGUUUUGCUCAGCUAGGAAGUGCACCAGGCUGUUUGGAUUACAGGUGUCCUUCUGAACAUCUCACAGCAGACUGGGGAGGGACUGAGCAGAUUGGAAUUGAACUUCUUGAAAUACAGAAAAAAAUAGACAGCCUUCCAAAUUCCUCAGAUCCAAAGAAGGUGUCUCACAUGCUUACCAUGCUCAAAGAAGUGAAGUUUCUUCAGUUUGAAGCAGCAGUGAGAUAUUCAAUGAGGGAAGCAUUUUUAUCAUCUGGAAAUGUUUCUGCAUAUCAGAGUAUUACAGACAACAUUUACCACGCAUUGCCUCCCAUGAGUAAUGCAGUUUUUGGAAGUGCAUUUGCUUCUCAACUCCAAAUUCCACAGCUAUUAGAUCCACAUGGGCAGAGAGCAUUAAUGCUGUUUCCCUGGAGGACAUUCCUAGCAAAAGGAGGUCCAUUUCCCAACACCAUAAGUAACCUAAAUCCCAUCAAUUCUAGUAUGCAGUUAUGCCUAUGUGGUUUGAGCAAUGAGGAUCAAAAAGUAGCUCAUGGAGAGCUGAUUGGGAUACAGUUUGUAAUGGAAGAUGUUCUCUGGAAUGCCGAAAUUCUGACCGACCACCAAGAAGUGCAAAAACCAUUCAGAAAGGUUUCAGCAACAUCAACAGCUGAAGCAAAAGGAAAAGCUUUAACAGCACCACCUGAUACAAUGACCUCAUAUGCCUUGCAGAGAUCAUAUCUGAUACGAUGGAAGCAGCUGGAAAUGUUAAAGGCAGAAUGGGGAAGACUUAAAUUGAAAGUUGAGGAUAUCAACACAGUUCCUCUGUAUAAGCAGUUUUCUGACUUGUAUGAAGCUGAAAUCUUUCAUGCUGCAAUGAAAUCCGUAGCCAGACAUUGUGGUAUAGAGGAUGACUUUGAAGAAUAUGGCACUAUCCAACCAUGUUCGUUCUUCCCUAAAGAAGUUUCAAAAAUUGAUGUAAUAACACACCAGUUUCAGAAACUUUUGGAAAAUGUAGAAAUACAUAUGAUCCAUGAUGUACAAAAGAAAAUUAACAAAGAAAUAACACUGGUUUUAUCUGAAAAAGCAAGAGAAGAGAGGCACCUCCCCACAGAUCAUCUUUCAAAGGGACCACUUUAAAAAGUGCCUCACCUCUCUAGCUUGUGAUGUCAUGGCCAGAGAACGUAGCAACUUUGAAACCUACUCCAUGUUCUAUGAAAAUCUGCUCCGUCGGCAACAUCAGCUACUAUAUCAAAAAGAACAGGAAGUGCGCGUCGUAGAAAACAACACAGGAGCUGCUGAAGUGGAUCUAAGUCAAAUAGCUAGACUGAGUCAUGAGAUGAUUCUGGAAAUAACUGCUCUGCGAGCCAAAGUAACUGAUCUGCAAAGAGAAGAUCACAACAUCAAAGAGAAGAUAAGAAAAGAAGUUCAAGAGGAUUAUGAAGCAUUGGUACAAAAUAUAUUUUUGGUGUGUCUGCAAAUAAAAGGGAAAGUAGAUGAAUAUCGUCUAAACAUGAACAAACAAAUGUCAGAAAUCAUCAGUGAAGUGAGAAAAGAAGGUGUGGAGAAAAUUAUUAAUCUGAAGAAAAAGUUUGGAUCUACAAAGGGUAACAGUGCGGUUGAAGAACAUUUGGCUCAGCAGGGGAAGUUGCAGGAACUACGGGAUGAAAACAGUGAAUUGGAGAAGUUGUUAUGCAAACUGAAGGUCUUAAAGUUCUGGAAAGAAACAAUGCAAAAAGCACAAUUUUUGAGAACAUUGCAAGAAGUAGAGAAGGAAUAUUUACUUCAAGAAGCAGAACGUAAGAUUAAUCGAGAAUUUGGCAAAAGACAGCAAUUAGAUUUGAUUAAGACAGCAAACUUGGAUAAACUGUUAGAAAACCUUGGAGAGAGAGAAGUGAAGUUGUUGAACCUGGCAGAAGAAUCAGAAAAAUCCUCUAAAACAAGACAUCUUCAGGAAGCCAAGAUGAAGAAAGAAAUUCAACAAAUAAGAAGCCAGCUGACCCAGGAACGCAAUUUAAAGCUGAAUGCUUUCCAGAGGAUACAUGAGCUGCAGUGUCAACGUUAUGACUCAGAAGCUGCAAUUUCCCAGAAAUGUUCCCCUGCAGUUACAAGAAGCUCUGCUAAUCUUUCAUACGUUACCAAAAGCAAACCUUACUAUUUUCCAGGCUCUUCUUCAUGCAGUCAGAAUGCAGAAUUGCCAACAUUCAUAUUAACCAAAGAUUCCACUCAGAAUCUUUUGACAGCCAAAACCAAGUUAGAGAAAAUCCCUAGGCCAAAAACAGUACCUUCAGGAUGGAGAAAUAGAAUAGUAGAUGUUCUAUUGCCAGAUCUUACCCAAACCUCACAUUCUACUUUUCCUGUGCAACAAGAGCAAAACCCAUCUAAAAAAUAAACUGCUACUAGAUUUGUCAUUGACCACGACUGAAAACAUUACACUACACAUAGUUGCUGUCAGUAAUUAUUAAUAAAACUUUUCCUACCAUAUUUUCUUCAACACUUUUGAGUAAUAAUGUGGGAAUAAAAGAUUUUGGUUUCAUCAUGGCAUAUUGAGAUUUCAUUGUUCUUUUGAAGUUACAUAUUGUCAUUGUACAGGUAUGACCACAAUUGAGAUCAAAAUUUAUUAAAAGAGAAAUUUAAGUGAGUUUUGCCCCAUUUUACAACUUUUCUCACCACAAUUGUUAAAUGAAUCACUUUAGUUCUUAAAUUAGUAGCACGGUUAUUAAGCGAAUCUACCAGUUUCCUCAUUGACAUUUCUUGUCAGAAGAUUACAAAAGCGAUAUGACUCCGGGACACUGCAACAGUCAUAAAUGUGAGUCAAUUGA